AUGGCUAGUCAACGACUUACAACUGGUGCUCUUUUACGUUACAUACGUGGUAAUACUACAGAAAAAGCAAAUUUACAAGUUGUAGGUAUUAAACCAAUCGAAAGUAAAACAGAUGAUCCAUCCGGUUCAGCUAAGCGUUAUCGUCUUAUGUUAUCUGAUGGCAAAAGUACUUUUUCGUCAUGUAUGCUUGGUACUCAAAUGAAUAAAUUAAUUGAAACAAAUACAUUGAAAGAAAAUUCUAUCAUACGUAUUGAUCGUGUUAUGGUAAAUUCAAUUGAUAAGCAAAAUGGCCGAGUUAUGCUUAUGCUUUAUGAAAUUGAAGUAGUUGAAAGUGAUUUCGAACGAAUUGGAGACCCGAUUGCAUUGCCAUUGACUGAUAUUAUUAAUAGUGAGCCUAAUACCAAUCGUUUAGAAGCAACAACCAACAAUCCACCUGCUGCACCUGCAGCAGCUCCAGUUACGAAUGUCAUCCGACAAGGUGCUAAAGCAUUACCGACAUUAGAUGAUCGAAAAAAACCUAACGGUGGUAAUCGUGCUGCUGCUGCAAAAGGAACCAAUGUUAUUGAUAAAGAACGAGUAAUUAAUAUUGAUACACUGAAUCCAUACAUGAAUAAGUGGACAAUCAAAGCCCGUAUAAGUAAUAAAUGUCCAAUUCGCACGUAUGAAAAUGCACGUGGUCCAGGAAAAUUAUUCAGUUGUGAUCUUGUUGAUAAAUCCGGUGAAAUUCGUGCUACAGGAUUUAAUGCAGAAUGUGAUAGAUUAUAUUCUAUGCUUGAGAUCGGUGAAGUUUAUUAUAUAACUAAAGCAUCGUUGAAAGCUGCUAAUCGUCAAUAUAAUACAACAAAUAGUGACUAUGAAAUGACAUUUAAUCAUGAUACAAUUGUUGAAGCAUGUGAUGUUGGUGAAGGAGAAAAUAUUCCUCAAGUUCAAUAUAAUUUUAUUUCGAUAAGCGAAAUUGCUAAUAGAGCAGCGAAUAGCGUUUGUGAUGUUAUCGGUGUUGUUAAAAGCACAUCGGAUAUGCAAACUAUUGUUAGUAAAGCAUCACAAAAAGAAUUUAGUAAACGUGAUAUACUGUUGGUAGACGAGAAAGCGUCAAUAUCAGCUACAUUAUGGGGCCAACAAGCUGAAGAGUUUGAUGGGUCAUCUCAUCCGGUUAUUGCUUUUAAGGCAAUUAAAAUUGGUGAUUUUAAUGGUCGUACUCUAUCGGUUAGUAAUAGUACAUUGAUGCGUCAAGAUCCAACUGAAACCGAACGAACAGUUGAACUUCGUGUUUGGUUUGAUAAUGAAGGAAAAUUAAUGGAUCUACCUGAUUUAUCGAAGGCAGGUGAAGCUGGAAAUCGGCCAACUGUAAUGAAAACACUCUCGCAAGUUAUUACUGAAGGUAUUGGUCUUGGUGAUAAACCGGACUAUGUUAGUGUUAAAGCAGUCAUUACUAUUAUUAAAAAAGACACUGCUGUUUAUAUGAUGUGUCCAGAGGGAAAAUGCAGUAAAAAGGUCGUCGAUGAAAAUAAUGGAACAUAUCGAUGUGAAAAAUGCAAUAAGACAUAUAACAGCUUUAAAUGGGCUUAUAUGAUUUCGGCUGAAAUUUCUGAUACUGCUAGUGCUCAAUGGAUCACAAUUUUUCGAAAUGAAGCUGAAACUUUGCUUGGUGUUUCUGCUGAAGAAUUUGGAAAUCAUAAGCUUAAUCAAAGCGAAAGUAUUGUAGACGAGAUUAUUAGUAAAGCAAUGAAUCGUGAAUUAAUAUUUAAACUUCGCGCUAAAGCUGAACAAUAUAAUGAUGAACGAAAAAUUCGAUUUACAUGUGUGAGCAUUACUGAAAUGGAUUGGCCUUCACAUGGAAGACGUUUACUUAACGAAAUCAAUCAAAUGGAACCUGUACAGAAUUAA